AUGCUCUGUCACAACGAACCACUGCGUAAUCCGACUUGGACUAUUGGUUGUUCUAUCGAAAUCAAGCUUUACACCCACACUCGUCUCCAGAAACCUUACUUUAUUGAAUUUAUUGAUAUUAGUGGAUCUUCUAAACACACGUCGUCUCGUAACAUGUUCUAUCAUCAAGUAAACGGGAUAAUACUUGUUCACGAUGUUAGUAAUCGAAAAUCAUAUUACAAUCUGUGGAGGUGGAUUGCAGAGAUGCUACAUUCAGAGGCGUACAAGGAUAACGAAAAGUCUAGUGCGAGUGGUGGUAUCAAAAAGAAUGAAUACGACUUUGAGUUACAAAUAGGAGAACGAUCUGCCAAUGUACCUAUAUUAGUCGUUGGGACAAAGGCUGACUUGGUCAAACAAGAACUUACAGGCCGACAGAGGCGAUACAGUAUUGUCGAGGAAUACGCGUCCGAAAAAUUCGACGCGUUUUUUGAUACGGUGAUUGAUAAGAAGUACCAUUUUGUUUCCGAUCAUUCUAUCUCUCCUUCGCUUGCCACGCAUAAUCCUUACACCUCGCCACCAUUGACGUCAAGAGAGGAAGUGCGAAGAAGAGGAUUGAGCAUAGGAAAUGGGACGGUAGGAGGUGGCGUGCCAGGGACACCGGUAUUUGGGUCAAUGAGCGGUGGAGGGAAUGGCGGUGGUGUUAAUGUUUCCAGGCUGGAAAAGGAUUUGGGAAGUCCAAAAAAAAAUACGUGGGGAAAUGCGCUAAGCCCUAAACAAAUCAGAAAUGCGGGCAUGUACACAUCCCAAACACUCGCAGAAGACCCUCUUCCUUUACGCCCCAUGUCCUCCCCAUCUCCCUCCCCGGCAACUCUCCGACCACAAUACGCGACUCCUUACAAUCAUUACCCACAGUCUCAAUACGCCCACCCUAACCAGCCACUUCGCUCGGAAAGCAUGUCACUCAGGACAUCUUCAUCUGCGUCUAGUCUGAGACAGUUAUAUAACAAUACCAAUAAUCAACGACGUGGAUCAACCGUUGCUGAAGUCGCUAUACAUCCAUUGGGUAGUAAUGGUGGAAAUAGGCCUGGAACGUAUUGGGUUGGUGCGGGGAAUGGAAAUGGGGGAAAUGGUGGCGGUCGGUGA